CAGGAAACGAACAUUUUCAGACUCGGACACAGAAGCAGCCCUCUACACGUCUACUCCUCUAAUUUGAUAAUUUUAUUAAUGCUGGCUGUGCGUGACUGCUUCUACAGGAAGAAACGCCAGUAAAAGAGCCAGCUGCGGCAGUUAUUAGACACAUUUGAGGCGUCUUUGACCGGAGGCUUGAGUGUGAGGCCAGGGCGUGUUUGAAUCUCAACAGUUGGAGAGACCAGCGUGCCUCCUCCUCCUCACUCCUCCCUCCUUAGUGGAUGCUAGCUCGGUAGCCCUUUGCAUGUCGUAGCGCUCGUAGUUCAAAAGUUGUGUCUCGUCUACAGUUUUUGUUUGUAUUUGUAUCGGAGGUCUAGAAGAAGAUGGGAUGUACUCUGAGCACGGACGACAAGGCGGCGCAGGAGCGCAGCAAGAUGAUCGACAGAAACCUGCGGGACGACGGAGAGAAAGCCGCCCGGGAGGUGAAGCUGCUGCUGCUCGGUGCUGGAGAGUCUGGAAAGAGUACAAUUGUUAAACAGAUGAAGAUCAUCCAUGAAGCCGGCUACUCAGAGGAGGAGUGUAAGCAGUACAAGGCAGUUGUCUACAGCAACACCAUCCAGUCCAUUAUUGCCAUCAUCAGAGCUAUGGGACGUCUCAAGAUUGACUUUGCUGAUGCAGCCAGAGCGGAUGAUGCGCGGCAGCUGUUUGUGUUGGCCGGCUCAGCAGAGGAGGGCUUCAUGACAGGCGAGCUGGCCGGGGUCAUCCAGCGGCUGUGGAAGGACGGAGGAGUACAGGCCUGCUUCAGCCGCUCCCGAGAGUACCAGCUCAACGACUCAGCAGCAUACUACCUGAAUGACUUGGACAGAAUAUCCCAUGGUUCGUAUGUGCCCACCCAACAGGAUGUGUUGAGGACCAGGGUCAAAACUACCGGUAUUGUGGAAACACACUUCACUUUCAAGGACCUGCAUUUCAAAAUGUUUGAUGUCGGCGGACAGAGAUCAGAGAGGAAGAAGUGGAUCCACUGUUUCGAGGGAGUCACUGCCAUCAUCUUCUGUGUGGCUCUGAGUGAUUACGACCUGGUGCUGGCUGAAGAUGAAGAGAUGAACCGAAUGCAUGAGAGCAUGAAGCUGUUUGAUUCCAUCUGCAACAACAAGUGGUUCACAGACACCUCCAUCAUCCUCUUCCUCAACAAGAAAGACCUGUUUGAGGAAAAGAUCAAGAAGAGCCCUCUUACAAUCUGCUACCCAGAAUAUGCAGGCUCCAACACUUACGAGGAGGCAGCAGCUUACAUUCAGUGCCAGUUCGAGGACCUGAACAAGAGAAAGGACACCAAGGAGAUCUACACCCACUUCACAUGUGCCACCGACACCAAGAACGUGCAGUUUGUGUUCGAUGCCGUCACUGACGUCAUCAUCAAGAACAACCUGAAGGACUGCGGCCUUUUCUAAAGGCAGCCUGGUGGCCGACUUACCAAGUGACUUUGAGUCUGAACUUCACUGACACCGCUGAGUGUCACUUUUAACCUCUUAUUAACUUAUGUUCAUCUCUAAAAGUUUUAAAGACGGAGUGUAGAAAAACAUUUUGUGUAAAAUAUUUGUACAACUGUCUAUGGCCGGGGAUUUUUCACUUUUUAAAAUGUGCUUGUUUUACCUAUCAUUAUUUUUAAUUUUUAUAUGAAAAGGGGGGCCUCUGCAUUUUUUUUUUUUGUCCAUGAAUGAACACUUUUGUCUUUUGUUUGUAAGUGCUUGUGCCUUGCAUGCCUUAGUUGCAGUGUUUUCUUUACGUUGACGUAGAUGUUAGGUUUAUGUAGAUGUUACCAUUGACUCUUUCCAAGAACCCCCAGUCCAUAGUAUCUUUUAUUUUUUCCUCUGAUUGUCACGUCAUUUUUCUCCUCCUUGGACAAACUAAGCAAGACCAAUUCUCUCUACAGACCAAUUCACUUUGACAUACUGUGAGCUGUAUGUAAACCUUUUCAGAUGUGCAUGUGUGCAGCAAUUGGGAGCUUUGUUUCAAUUGAAGCUUGUGUGAGUAAUUUGGCAUGCAUGGACUGAAUGUGGAUGUGUGUGUGUGCGUGAGUGGAUGUGUGCACAAUAUAGAAAAAAGGGACUUUAUUCCUCUACUUGUCAUCCUCUUUCAAAGUUUUAUUUUUCUAAGCGACCAAAAAAAAAUCUACUCUCUAAUUAAUGCGAGCACGUUGUUGGUGCGCCGCUACAAACUGUAACAUUCCUGAUUGAAUCGUGACGUAAAGAGAAGCUUUGAAAAGAGGAUGCCAAUGGCGGCCUUGUAGCAGACAGUAGGACCACAUGUAGAUCUGUGCAUAGACAGGUGGCUGGGUACAAGCACACUGUUAUUGAUCAUGAUCUGUGAUGGUUUCAAGUUACAUAUCCCCCCCAUACAUCCCAGCCCCUCUGUUUCCAUUGGAUGGGGACAUUAGUGGACUAAUCUCCAUGAUUUUGCUAAUAAAAGAGCUGCUAUGGUGAAACCAUGGCAUCUUAUGC